GCUGUCUAGGAUCCUGGGAACGCUUCUGGGGAGGGCAGGGAGAGGCACGGGGCUCCGGGCUGGGUCCUCAGGGUUUGGCCCAGGCUUUAUAUGGCUCAGGCUGUUUAACAGCCCUGUUAUAUAGCCUGGACAAGAUUUUUGGCUUUCCUGGAGCGGUUUCCAGUUCCUCUCCGUGCCUUCCUCAGUUCAGCCUGGCUGAGCAGACGGCCUUGGGCAGGGGUCUGUCCCUCACUGCCUCCCUUUCCUUCCCAUGCCUUCUCCUACCAGCUGGAGUCCAGGGAGACCCAAGCACUUUCAGAGCAGGACCAAGGCCACAGCUCCAAUCUGGAGAGCACCCUCAUGCACCUGGAGUAUGAGAAGCAGAGGGGCGCCGGUUUGUCACAGAUGAACUCUCUCCUGCGGGAGCAGCUGGAGCAGAUGAAAUCCUCCACCCAGCGCCUGGCAGGGGACCUGGAGAAGGCCACGGUGGACGUCCACCGCUUGAGAGGCGAGCUGGAGCAGUACCACAACAGAGAGAGCUCUGGCACCUCCUGGAGGAGCGAGCGUGGCGAGACCCUCCUGCUCUGGCACCAGGCAGCUGCGCUGCGCGGCCGCUUCAUGGACCUGCGGGCCAUCACGGAGAGGGGCCUGGCUGAGGCAAGGACAGACAUGGCCAGGACAGCACGGCGCCUCCACACAGCCUGCCUUAACCUGGACUCCAACCUCCGCUUGUCCCAGAGCCACACCACCUGCUCCCUGGAAAAACAGACCCUGCACGGGGCACGCUUGGAGCAGCAGCUCCGGGACAAGGUCCGGGAGAUGAUACAGCUCCAGAGCCACUGGGAUGGAGAGAAAGUGGAACUGAACUCCAGGAUAACGGAGCUGAGCCUGUUAGCGGAGCAGCUGAAAGAGCAGAACAUGGAGAAGGACGAGUCCAUCGCCUGCCUCAAACUGGACAUCCAGAAGCUGAAAGCUGCUACCAUGAGGGAGGCAAAGGAAGGUGAGAGUGAACCAUCGCUGUGGGCACCAAGUGGCUCUGCUCAGGACGGCAGGGACAGGGCAGCAGAGGAGGGACCCCGCAGACGGCUCUCCCCGCUGCGCUCCAGCUCCCCGCAGUGCCGCCAGGUCUCACCAACAUGGGAGCACGAGGCAGUCCUGCAGGCAGCACUCCACCAGCACCAGCAGCUUGAGCAGGAGCUGCGCUCGCAGCUGGAGUCAGCCCAGGAUGCGCUGCGGGCAGCGAGGAAGCAGGUUUGUGAGAGCCAGCGGGAAGUGCAGGAGGCAGAGCAGCAGGCGCAGGAGCAGCGGCGAGGCCGGGAGGAACUGGCAGAGGCCCUAGAGGAGUGUAAGCGGGACCUGCAGCGUUGCAAGGCCUCUGUGGAGAUGCUCGGCCAGGAGAAGCAGGCCGUGGAGGUGAAGGUGGGCAGCCUGAGCGAGGAGGUGGAUUCCUGCCGCCGGGAAGUGGCCAGGCUGGCAGCCGCCAACGUGGAACUGCACAGACAUGGGGCCCUCCUGGAGGAGCAGAAAGAGGAGCUGGCCAGCGAGUGGCAGAGGAGCCGGAAAGAGCUGGAGCGAGGGCAGCAAUCCCUGGAACAACUGGAGGAGAAGGCCUCAGCCCUGAAGAAGGAGCUGGUGGGGGUGAAGGAGUCGCUCAGCCAGGCCACGCUGGCCAGGGAGGUGCUGGAGGGCGAGAAGGACAGCCUGAGCAGUGCACUGAGGAAGGCUGAGGCCACCUGUGCCAAGCUGGAGCUGGCCCUGAACAAGAUGCAGCUGGAGGAAGCGGAGCUGAGAGACUCGCUGGCCAAAAUGGCCGCCCUGAACGAGGGCCUCGCACAGGACAAGGUCAGCCUGAAUGGCACCGUCCUGCAGCUGGAGGAGGAGAAGAGGUUGCUGGUGGAGCGGCAGCAGGAGCUGGAGCAAGAACGUGCCGGCCUGCAGGAGCAGCUGGCACAGCUGGAGCGGGAGCAGGCCCAGGCGAGCAUGGCCCAACGGGGCCUCGAGCAGAGCUGGCAGGAAGCAGAGGAGCGCUGGCGACAGCUGGAAGGAGAGCUGUUGGCCACACACCGUAACAACGCCCAGCUUCAAGAGCAGCUGCUGCAGGCAAGUGGCCAGGAGCAAGUGCUGGCGGAGCAGCUAGCGCAGAGCCGCCAGGAGACAGAAAUGCAGGCUGCAGCUCUGCUCCAGGCCCUGCAGGAGAAGGAGGACCUGGCCAAGGAGAUGUCCAGGCUGGCGGUGCAGCUCACGGUGCUGGAGAGGCAGGGGAAAGGCCUGCUGGAGGACACGGACGCUCUACGGGCUGAGAGGGACUCCCUGGAAAGCAGCCUGUUCGAGGCGCAGGAGCUGGCGGCUCGGCUGCAGGUCCAGAAGGAGCAGCUGGAAGCAGAGAGGCAGAGCAGUGAGCGGUGCAGGCAGACCCUGCGAGGGGCCCUGAGGGAAGCAAAGGCAGAGGCCGUUCACCGCCUGCGGCUGGAGAAAGAGGAGCUGGUGUCCAAGUACAAGGCGGAGAAGGAGGAGCUGGCGGAGGCGAUGCUGAGCCUGCAGCAGGAACGGCACGAGAGCCUCCUUCUGCUGGAGAAAGACAAGCAGCAGGCUCUGUCCCAGAAAGAAGCAGAGAAGAGCUUCGUUUUGGAGAAGCUGGGCGAAGCCCAGAGGGAGCUUGCGAAUGCCAGGAUGGAGAUGGAUCGGCUGAAGCGGGAGGCUCUGACCCGCCAGGAGCAGGACAAGGUGAGCCCAAAUUCUUUUUCACAUUCCCAAAGUGGCUCAGGACCCUUCAGGAGAGGCUUAAGGACCUACCUUUCUUAG